CUGAGCUUAGUUAGAGAUCGGCAAGGUGAAGCUGGGGUUGCCUAGGCUGAUAUGUAGAACUCAACUCAGUGAUGGGGGUUUUUCGGGUUUUUUUCUCCUUCUUGCCCCCUUAGGACCCCAUCCUUCUCGUUAAUAUCUCUUCAAGAUGCAGAGCUCAAGUAGAUAGAUACCGCUGAUAUGGAGCUCUGAUGGACACUGAUAGUGUCGCUACUCACUGCUACAGCAGUUAGUUACUCAUUAAAGAAAGUGGCUGUGCUCACCUAAUAAGUGCAUUUUAGCUUCUUGAUUCAGUGGUGCUUUUUCUGCUGGGUGAAGAGCUAACUACUACAAGUGUGUUUCAUAAGUAGGUAGCUGUAAAUUGUAGUCCUUACUGUAGAAACCUCUUUCUUGAGCGGAAUGUUGAGCUCCUCAAUGCCUCUCUACAAAACAGUCAAUCAGCAGACUGUCCUACCAGCUACAGCAAUAAGGCAUUUGUUACAGUAAUGCAGCUAUUAGAAUUGAGUUGGUAACAGUUUUAAUAUAUGAGACACAUAACACCUGGCUGUGCAUCUAAACAUGCAUUACACAGUCUUCAUUCACAAAAAAUUUGGUAGUGUCACAAAACACUCUAUGGAGGCCCAUUGAGUGGUGUUAAUUACACUAGUGUGUCAGAAUUUAAUUGCUUCAUUGCUCUGUCUUGAGCUGGGUACUUUGUUUCAAUUAGGUUUGGAUUAUUAGGCUACUGACCAUGUGGUAGAACUAGAUGGUUUGUUUAAAAUGUGGUACGUCACUGGUAAUCUCUUGGAGCUUUUAAAUUUCUUCAGUGCUUUGGUUGAAGGUUCUAGUUCUGCUGGUUUAAUGUGGUCUAUUUGGAUGUAAUUUUUAAUCUAUCCUAGAAAUGAAUGAAUUGAAAAACAGUUGAUGUGUUUUACCUGUUUCACCUGCUUAAGAAAUGAAUUAUUUCUUCAGUACUACACCAGAUAAUGCCUGGUUUUUAUUGGAAGACAAAGUCAAACAGUGAUACAGGCUUGAAUCUUGGAUCUCUCUCUUAAGCUGAAAAAAUGUGUCAUUUUCUUUGACAGAUAUCCUGCUCAUAAUUUCUACAGUUAAUUAAUAAAGGGAGUUAAAGACAUCAGUGAAAUUAAUGCCUAGCCACAAAUGAGAGCUGUGUAAAGAUGAAAGUGCUAUUAAUGAACAUUAAGUUUUUGGCAUAGCCGUACAGUCUUGACACACAUCUUUGAAGUAAACCAUUAUGUUUUUCAUGAUACCUGUUUGAAUAUCAAAAACCCAAAAUGUUUAUUAUAAAGUUUGAUGUUUGAUUUGUGGAGGUUAUGGUCUUUUUUUGGGUUUGUUAAUUUAUUUUUUUGGUUUUUAAGAUUUGUCACUUCUAAUAUGCUUUUACUGGAAGCUUAGGGGAGGAUUUUGCUGAAGCCUUGGAGUGGUUCUUAUGUCAUACCUUCAUGCUUUAAAAUUUGACCAGAUUCAGCUUAACCCUGUUCUGUUUCCUCUUUCCUUCCCACCUUCUCCUGUCUCUUUCACUCUGGGUUAGCUCUUGUUCACUGUGUACCCACACAAAUGCUCCUGCCUGUUGGAGAGAAGCUGGUGCAGGAGCAGUGAUGUCUUUGGGUGUCAAUGCAGGAUUGCAGUAUGUAUGUACCUGUUUCCUUAGUCAAUGCUGGCAGCUGUAAUUAUCACACGCACUUCCGUCAGAAAUAUGAUGACUCAAUCAGAUUUAGAUCUAAAAGAGACAGCUUUGAAAGAGGAUUUGAAGUUUUACUUCAUGAACCCAUGUGAAAAAUACAGAGCAAGACGUCAGAUACCAUGGAAAUUGGCUUUGCAGAUUUUGAAGAUACUUAUGGUUACAACACAGCUUGUUUUUUUUGGUUUGAGUAACCAGCUGGUGGUCUCAUUCAAAGAGGAAAACACUGUUGCUUUUAAACACCUAUUCCUGAAAGGCUAUUCUGGAACUGAUGAAGAUGACUACAGCUGCAGUAUAUAUACACAACAGGAUGCUUAUGAUAGCAUUUUUUAUGUUAUUAAUCAGUACAGGCACUUAAAGAACAUAUCCCUGGGGACACUUGGUUAUGAACAUGAAGAAUCAGGUUUAAAGAUCUGUAAACAACAGUACAAGAGAAGCACAAUGCUUCCUUCUAACGAUACACUGAACAUAGAUGUUUCUACUGAAACAGAAUGUAUCCUUUUAAAGCCCAAGGAGCUAACUGGUAAGAAGGCAGAACUGAAGCUGAACUCUUCUUUUUUCAAUCUUGAAUUUUACAGGCUUAUACAGGUUGAAAUCUCCUUCAAGCUGAAAGGCAUUGCUUUACAGACAAUCCAUGCCCGUGAAUUGCCUGACUGCUAUGCAUUUCAAAAUACUAUAACUUUCAAUAAUAGAGCCCACAGUGGAAAAAUCAAGAUCUACUUUGAUAGUGACACUGACAUUCAGGAAUGCAAAGACUGGCACAUAUUUAACUCAGUUCUCCAGAGGAACACUCAGUAUAUUCUCGUCUUUGAUGGAUUUGUCAUACUAAGUUGCUUGGCUUCUCUCAUCCUCUGCACACGAUCCAUUGUUCUUGCCUGGAGACUACAAAAGAGAUUUGUGAGUUUCUUCUUGGAGAAAUACAAGCGCCGUGUCUGUUACGCUGAUCGCCUGGAGUUCCUAAAUGGGUGGUAUGUCCUGGUAAUUAUCAGUGAUGUGAUGACAAUCAUUGGGUCAAUCCUAAAAAUGGAAAUAAAAGCCAAGAACCUCACAAGUUAUGAUGUCUGCAGCAUUUUACUUGGAACAUCAACUUUGUUUGUCUGGGUUGGAGUCAUCAGAUACCUGGGAUAUUUUCAAACCUACAAUGUGCUCAUUUUAACUAUGCAGGCAUCAUUGCCAAAAGUGCUAAGGUUUUGUUGCUGUGCUGGGAUGAUCUAUCUUGGCUAUACUUUCUGUGGAUGGAUUGUCCUGGGACCUUAUCAUGAAAAGUUUGAAGAUCUGAACACAGUGGCUGAAUGUCUGUUUUCUUUGGUCAAUGGUGAUGACAUGUUUGCAACAUUUGCUCAAAUCCAACAGAAGAGCUCGCUGGUGUGGAUGUUCAGCCGAUUAUAUCUGUACUCCUUCAUUAGUCUGUUUAUAUACAUGAUCCUCAGCCUUUUUAUUGCACUCAUUACUGACUCCUAUGACACCAUAAAGAAAUACCAACAAAGUGGUUUUCCAGUAACAGAUUUACAUGAAUUUCUAAAAGACCAUAGCAGUGCUGGCUACAGAAAAGACAGAACUUCUUUUCCAUUCAUCUGCUGCUGCAGGAGACAACAGAGUGAUGACAACUUGAUACUUAUUAAUUGAUGGCUACACAUUGAAAAUCACCACUGAUAUAUGCAAAGAAAGCAUAGUGGUAUGGAGAAGGAUAAUUCUCCAAAUUGCAGUGGAACCUGCCAUCUGGAUCUGCCUCAUGAACAGAAUUGUCUUAGCUAAUUAAGGUUUUUGGGGAAAAAAAGCUAUUAAUGUGACAGCAGCUGGCUGACCAACAGGAGUCCUAGAAGUCUGGAAGAGAACUGUGAAGAGUUCUGUAUUCUUGCCUCAUGUUAGAGAAGACUGAUCCUUGAGCAUUGUCUGUGGAAGCUCUGUUUGCUAAUGACCUUGAGGAGGAAGGAAAAUUGCCUUGAAUUAACUGUUCUUCUUAAUAAGAAAAAGAAUUAUACUAAAAUGAUUUUUAAAAAAUAAUCCUGUGUUUAAAAGUAUUAAAUAAAAAGAAGUCAAGAAGGGAGGAGUUUUUCACUUGA